UUUUGCAUUCCGAAGGCACUCUGGUGUUCAUCGAGAGAGCGUCUAAAGUCAUUGCCCAGCCCCCGACGUUUCAAUUUCAGCCUUAAAGUUUCGUUAUUACAGAUACCAAGGUCGGUCUUGGGUUUCAUUAUCACUGUUGGUGAAACAAUUUAGUCCAAAGGCAAAAAGGGAAAGCCAAACUGCGACACAACCAGAGACAACUUGACAAGGAAGGUAUGAAUUAGACAGCGUCACAAACAGCCUGAUCAUGUGCCAUUAUCACCUGCAUGGGUCAACAUCGGCUUGCAUCAUCAGCCAAAUUGGUUGAGUGGAGUGAGCGCAAACAGCCUGUUCUGGAACAUAGCAGUGUUUCUUCUUGCCAGGAAGAGGAGUGUCUGUCGAGUGAAGGCUAAAAAAAAAAAAAAAAGGGCAGAGAUUUUUGUCAACCCCCUCCAGUCCCUGCAGAACUAUGGAACUGUCACUGGCUCACCCAGCCAUCAAAGCUUUCAUGUGCGGCGCUUUCAGCGGAACUUGCUCCACACUACUUUUCCAGCCACUCGACCUGGUCAAAACACGACUGCAAACGUUGCAGAACAAAAUGCAGCCCGGUUCUAGCCGUGUCGGGAUGAUGAGAGUGUUCCUGAACGUAGUGCGGACAGAGAGGCUGCUGGGACUGUGGAAGGGAGUUUCGCCGUCCUUCAUGAGGACCAUCCCCGGGGUGGGGCUCUACUUUAGCACUUACUGCUCACUGAAGCAGCACUUCUUCCAGGAGAAGAACCCGGGGGCCUUGGGGGCUGUGCUGCUGGGAGGCGGAGCCAGGACAGUGGCCGGGGUCCUCAUGUUGCCCGUGACAGUCAUCAAAACGCGAUAUGAAUGUGGCAGGUACCGUUAUGCGAGCGUCACCGGGGCUUUGCGCAGUGUGUGUCGGACCGAAGGCCCCGCUGCGCUGUACUCUGGCCUGAUGGCCACUCUGCUCCGAGAUGUUCCUUUCUCUGGAAUCUACGUGAUGCUCUACAGCCAGAUGAAGACCAAUUUGCCCAAUGAGCUCGGCGUGUCUGCGUUCGCCCCCCUGGCUAACUUCAGCUGUGGGGUCCUGGCAGGGGUGUCGGCCUCGCUCAUCACUCAGCCUGCCGACGUGGUCAAAACACUGGUCCAAGUGAACCCCCGCUUGAGCACGGUUGACGCUGUCAGAUACAUCUACGUGGAACAUGGACUUGAGGGUUUCUUAAGAGGGGCGUUGCCGCGCUCUCUCAGGAGGACCAUGAUGGCCGCCAUGGCGUGGACCGUUUACGAGCAGAUGAUGGCAUACCUUGGACUGAAAUCGUGAAAAGGAAAGUCAAGGCGAAGGCGGUGGAUGACAAAGAGAUAAGGUCAAGUGACAAAAAGAGAAGAGGAAAAGUGCCUCCUGUGCAGUUUGCGCCUCAUGUCACCGGGAUUUCUUUUCCUCAAUGGUGGAAUUGUGCAUGACGCAAAAGCCGGUCAAAGGUUGACAAUGUGUUCUUCAGGUGUUAUGGCAGACUGGUCACAUUUUAGAAGUUCCGAGUUGUGUUUGUCAGGUGUAGGCCCAGACUGCCGACAGUAAGCCAUGCAUGAUGAGAUUGGGGAGAAAUGGCUUUGACUUCUCUAACACAACACAAUAUGGUCUUUUGUUUUCAUUUACUGUGACGUUUUAUAGUCCUUUAUCACAAUAAUGAUUGAAUUGAGUGUUCCUUUUAUGUAUUUAUA